AUGUCAUUGAACGAGGCAGUUGCAGAUUUAAAAAUCGAGGAUAAAGAAACAGAACAGAAAAUUACACCAUGGGAGGUUGAAGGUGCAGUAGUUGACGGAAAAGCUCAAGGGAUUGAUUAUGACAAACUUAUUCAACAAUUUGGUACCAAAAGCAUUACUCCAGAGACUUUAACAAGGUUCAAGGAACUUACUGGAGAAGAGCCUCACCCAUUUUUGAAAAGAGGAGUGUUCUUUUCUGAGAGAGACUUGCAUCGAAUACUUGACUUGUAUGAACAUGGUGAACCUUUCUUCUUAUACACAGGUAGAGGACCAUCUUCAGAUUCCAUGCACUUGGGUCACAUGGUUCCAUUCAUUUUCACUAAAUGGUUACAAGAUGUCUUUGAUGUUCCAUUAGUCAUUGAAUUAACUGAUGAUGAAAAGUUUUUGUUCAAGCAAAAAUUGACCAUUGAUGACGUUCGAAAAUUUGCUGUUGAGAAUGCAAAAGACAUCAUCGCAGUUGGAUUCAACCCAGAAAAUACUUUUAUCUUUUCAGACUUGCAAUACAUGGGUGGUGCUUUUUACGAAAAUGUUGUGAGAACAUCUCGUCAAAUCACUACUUCAACUGCAAAAGCUGUAUUUGGAUUCACCGACUCUGACUGUAUUGGUAAAAUUCAUUUUGCCAGUAUUCAAAUUGCCACCGCAUUUCCUUCUUCCUUCCCCGACGUAUUAGGCUUGCCACCAAAGACACCAUGUCUUAUCCCUUGUGCCAUUGAUCAGGAUCCAUAUUUUAGGGUGUGUCGUGAUGUAGCUGAUAAGUUGAAAUUUUCAAAGCCAGCAUUGAUUCACGCCAAGUUUUUCCCAGCUUUACAGGGUGCAUCAACAAAGAUGUCUGCAUCAGAUACCACCACUUCGAUCUUUAUGGACGAUACACCAAAACAAAUUCAAAAGAAAAUCAACAAGUAUGCGUUUUCUGGAGGACAGGCGUUGGCUGAGGAUCACAGAAAGUAUGGAGGUAACGUUGAUGUGGAUGUCGCUUACCAAUACUUGUCUUUCUUUAGUUACGACGACGAGAAAUUGGCUAGAUUAGCAGACGGUUAUAAGAAAGGUGAGAUUUUGUCAGGAGAAAUGAAGAAAGAGUGCAUUGGAGUUUUACAAGAGUUUGUAGCUGCAUACCAAGAACGUAGAAGUAAGGUUGAUGAAGCUGUCGUUGACAGUUUUAUGAAACCACACAAAUUGGUGUAUGGCCAAAAGGAUAGAAAAGUUGCUCCAAAACAAAGGCAAAAGAAAUAG